UAAAUAAAAGACACAUAUUUAAGGUUAAACUUUAAUACAUUUGCUAUUGCCGUUAUUCCUUUUCAUGCGCAGCAAAUACAGCGGAAGCAAUUAUAAAAAAUUGGCAUAACAUGACAUUUUUGCUACCGCGUACUGCGCAUGAAAAGGCACCUUAAUAGUUGUGUUGUGGUACUGUGAUUUUUUCUGGGUCGGAGAUCGGAAAAUCAAGCAGAAGAAUAAUAAGAAUAAUAGUUGUGUUGAUUUUUUAAAUUUAUGUUUAAAAUAUACAUCGGACAAAUAUUAUAGAUCAAGAAGUUGUAUAAGUUGGUACAAUGACAUUGUCAAGGGAAUUAUUAAAGCGGUUAAACUCAGAUGACUAUCCUUUAGCAAAGCGAUUAAAAUUAGCGGAAACUGCAUUUUGUAAAGUUGAUCUGCCACUUAUUCGGAAAGAAGACUUUCUUCUGGAGUGGCUAUGUAAAACUUGUGCCACGAAUCAUCAUACUUGGAAAGCUUUGAAUAAUUGUUUGAAAUUUAACCAUAUCAAAAAUAUUAGAACAGAUAUCAAAGAAUGUUUAGUUGAGAUGCUUGUACAAACAUUAAAGACCGAUAUGAAAGACAUGUAUGAAGAGGUCCUUGAAUGCUGCAGUUUAAUUUUUGUUAAUAAUAGUAUACGACAAUAUUUUACAACCAAACCAAAGAUUGUAGGCUUAUUGAUAAAAGCUGUGUUAAAUAACGUGUUGAAACGUUCUAGCUAUGACAAUAUAAUGCAAAAAAAGAUUAAUCAACUGUUUGAGCCAUGUAAAUUGUCAUCUGUGGAAAAUAACGCUGUAAUAACUAUUAUCGAAAGUCUGAUGCAAAUGUAUGAACAGCUGAUUACUAUGAGAGAUGAUUUGAGAUUAAUUUUUAUACAGGAUAUUUUAUAUCCUAUGUGUAUUUUAGUUGAUCACACACAUAGAGAUAAUACAAAUCAAUUUAGUAUAGCAGCAUACAAGUGUAUUCAACAAUUGCUGCUAGGAAAAAAUAAAUCUAUACAAAAUAAACAGACUGAAGAAAGUUAUGAAUUAAUGUUUUCAGAUUUAUUUUGUAUAUUAUCUGAAAAUGUAAAGACAUUAAAUCUUCAGAGUAAUCUUUUGACUUACAAGUUUAUUUUUAAUACCAUAAUAGGUACAUAUAAAUCAAAUACUAUUUUGUUGGAUACGUUUUUCAGAAAUCUAAUUAACUCUUCGGGAAAGUAUAAAUGGGAAAUUUUGGAUUCUUUCCUCAAACUACUGAAUGACAUAACACUUGACUUCGAUAAUAUCAUAGAUGGAAUCACAUUAACCGAGUAUUUUCAGAAUUUUAUAAGUGAGAUUUUGAUGGAUGAUGAUGUAUCAUGUGUGCAUUAUAGAGUACUUACACAACUUUCAUAUAUCAAUCCACUUUUGAUAGAAAAAAAUAUUCCGGAUAUUGUAAAUAAGAUACUUAUAAAAGAACAAACUACUGAUCAUACAAAUUUGUUAAUUGCAAUUUUAUAUACCAGCACAAAAUUAAGACGGGAGCAAAAGUUUAUCUCGCAGUUAUUAAUAUCAUUAAAGCAACAUGUUGCAACAAAAAAGACAUAUAAAGCAAAUACAUCUGCUUUUUUCCCAAGUGAAUUUAAAAUCCAAUUGAUAAAUGCGAUUAGUAAUUUUUCGAAUUCGCAAACUAUUGCAACUCUAAAAACAUUAAUAUAUUAUUUAAAUACAGAUUGUGUAGAAUUAUUACAGUCUAAUACUUCAUGUAAAAAUAUAUUGAUAUUAAAGACAACAAUAGAAUUGCUUAUUACACUUUUUGAAGGUAUGCAGAUUUUUGAAUAUACCAAAAUAUUAUCCACUCAUGAAAAAUUUAUCAAUUGCCUAGAUGAAGUAGGGAAUGCAUUAUCGCUGUUGAUAAAUAAGUCAUUGUGCUUAAGUUAUAACAAAACUGUUAUCAUAAUACUAUUAAGUGCAGUGCACUCAUUGAAUGAAAUACAGAAUAUGUUUACAUAUUACAUAUCGAAAGAUACUGUGUCAAAGAAACUACUAUUUCCAAUUCUGAAUGAUCCUUGGCAACAAUUAAUUCAAAGAAUUACCAAUUUUGGAGAAGAUAAUUGCAAGACUAUCAUGAAUAAACUUAUUUUACAUCGACUAAAGCUAAGUAUAUCAAAUAAACCUAUUAAACUUCAUGGUUUAAUAGGUGGCCUUGAGUAUUCCUGGAGUAUUAUUUUGAAACAUGACACAGAUAUGUUUUCCUUAUUAUAUGACAAAGAAAUAUCAAAAAUAACUUAUUUAUUGUUGACUGAUAUAAAAUCAAAUGAACAGAACUUUCAUGAAUUGUUUAAUAUAUUAGAUAAAGAAUAUCUUCAAGAAAAUAAACACUUUGUAAUGUGUCUCUUAAACCAUAUUCUUGUCCAAAUUGGACAAAGCUUUUCAUUAACUAUUACCGAAUAUAUUAACGUUAAACUGUUGAUGGAGAAUGGAUGUAACUAUAAAUUAUUAGAAGUUUUACAAAUGCUAAAAAAACAGAUAUCACAGGAACAAUGGAUGCAAAUGGCAAAUACAAUUUCUUUUGAAACUGAAUUAUAUUUAGAAAUAUUUCUUCAUUUACCAAUGAUAUAUUUCAGCCCUAAUAUAAGAACAUUAAUAUUUUUGAUUGUGUAUUUUAUUAGUAAAAAAUAUGAAAAAAAUGACAAGAUAUCGGCGUUAUGCAAUAUGAUAUUUUCAGAUUUACUAGAAAAGACUGGAAUCGAUCUAUUUCAGUAUAUAGAACCAAAAUUAUUAAUAAACCAAUUACCACAAAAUAAAAUAUUUUCGAAAGCUUGUGAGUUUUCUUUUCGAAAUGUAAGAACAUAUAGCACUUUAAAGAGACUCAUAAAAAGUUGCAUUCAAUGCAAGGAAGCAAUGUGCAUUAUUUUGGAAUGUAUGGAGGUUGUUAAAUCAAAAUUGGAUGCCGAACAAAAAGUUAUUUUUAAAAAGGCAGAAAAAAAAUUAGUUAAAACUAUUUUAAAAUUAUUACCUGAACAUAUAAAUGAUGCUUUUGAUGUAAGAUGUUUAAUAGCGGUGUUAAAAGUAACUUUUCAAACUAGAAAAGUUACUGACACUUUAAAAAGAUUAACUGAAGCAACUCUCGAAAAUAUAUUCAUGGCAAGAGAAAGUUUAAACAAUACAAAUAAUAAAUUAUUGCAACAAAGUGUGCAAUUGUCUAUCAUUGUUUUACAGCAUCGAAAAAUGUUUGAAAUCCAAGAUAUGAUCAUCAACUUAUGGUUUAUAAUAUUGAAGCAUCCUUAUAAGAAUUUGAUCAAACUCUUAUUAACGUCUACUAGAUUAAAAGAAUUUUACGAAUUCUUAAGACUAUUGCAUGAUCAAACGAUCAAUAGCUUGUCACAAAAAGAUGAAGCAGUAUGGACAAAUACAUUUGUCAUUUGGAGCAAUAUAAUUAAAAUAGAUAUGAAUGUUAAACGUAAUAAAGUGCGUUUGAAUGCGAUCAACAAUCUGUUGGAAACUAUAUUAACAUUGGAUAUGCCACACAGAUAUUGGUCAGGGCUAUUGAAUUUGUCUUAUGAUAUAAUCAGUACGAAACAUUUACUUAUUCCUGACAUUACGAUCGAUCUUAUUAUACUGAUCAGUUUAAAGUCAUUCGAUGAAGCGAAUAUAUCAUCGUGCGAAGAUGUGCUUGCUAUAUGCGGAGCAUUGAUCAAAGUCAAAACAGAUUUGAUAACAGACAGAUUACCUAAUUUAUUAUUAUUAUACAGACGCACAAUAAACAUCGUUGUUCAUGCAUCGAGAAACGUAGCCGAUAAAUUCGACGAGCAUCGAUUUAGAUGUUAUGCACUCGAUAUCAUAAAAUUGACAAAUAUGCUGGUAAAAUUGAAGAAAGCUAUGGUCCGAUUAAGUCCUUAUGUUAUUGCUGAUCUCUUGCAAUUAAUUGUGGAACGCACUAUACCAUCUUAUGUUAAGAUAGCUUUGCAUGAAUCUUUGUGUCAAUUAAUUAGCAUCUGUGAUCAGCAUGGACUCGCUUUUUUAUCUCGUACAUUACCAACAUCGUUACAGGAAGUUUUCAAAGUACAGUUAAAUACAUUCAAAAAGUUUUAUAAAUAUUCUGGUAAGAUUUAAAUAUCUCUCUAAAUUGAGUUUAAGAAACUUAUCUAAUUUUUUUAAAGAAAAAAUUA